CCCUUCUCGACCUUUCCUUACCAUCUACGCCCGCACAAACCCUAAAUUUCCACAGUGCCUUUAAGACUAUCUUCCUCACCGGAAGAUACCAAACCGGACCAGCCUCUUUCAUUCUCGACGAACAACGGCCCGAUUAAUGGACUAGCGCCGAUUACCAAAGCUGUGUCACUGAUAAGGUGAGACCUUCACGUACAGCCAUUGACGGAGACGAUCUCUGGAAAUUGCGCCACCAUUCCGUACAAGGCCCUCAGCAUAACGAAGAAUCAUAACUGGCAUCUCCAAUGGCAUCCUACAUUGUAAGUUUCAAAUUGACGAUCUCUUCAGUCGUCGUCGCCGUUAUCCUGUUGGGACCAUGGGGGUUAUCUGCAGCCACCGCAAGAAUCCUUAGAGAUCGGUUGUCAGGAGCUGAGUGUGGCGGGCCGAGCCAUAAAUUGUCGAUUGUGGAGCGGCAUGAGCAGUGGAUGGCGCGUUUUGGACGUACUUACAAAGACGGGGCUGAAAAGGCCAAGCGAUUUCAGAUAUUUAAAGAGGAAUUUGAGCGAGUCGAAUCCUUCAACAAAGCAGGCAAUCACAAUAGCUCUGAAUCAGGUUUCCGAUUUAACAGAGUGAUGGGACAUCAGAAUGUAUUUAAUCACAAAAAGUUUGUCUUCAGCAAUGCUCAGAUGCUGGAGUUAAAGAUGGUGCUCGAUACUUUUUUGAUAAGAAAUUCUUAUGUUUAGUCUUUGGUGUAUUGCUUGUUUGGCUGACCAUCCACCGUUCUUAGAUCUCCUUAUAUAAAUCCCGUCUUUUUCUCGUUAAACUAAGAUAUUGGAAUGAAGAAGAAAAUAUUGGGUCGCAAUUGGUUUUGUGAAUCAAACACUUGAAGUUAACACUACUGCACUAUUGUCUUCCUCCACAGCUGCACUAUUGUCUUCCUCCACAGCUCCACUGAAUGCGUACCAUGAAUAAAGUUAACUAGAAUCCCUUUAAAUGGAUACCUGAUCCCUUUUGAUCCUGUAUUGACUAAUUCUAUAGAUAAUUUUCUUAACUUCAGCAUGAAAUAAGACCCCCAAGUUGCUGUUGCACAAAUGGUAUGAUUUGCUCACUCCCCAUCCCAACCUGUAUUUGAGUGAUGAUGAGGGCUGAGCAUUUCACUGUUUUUGACUAAAAACUGCCCCAUCACUGAAUUACUGAUUUGUUGUCCAUGUUCUAUGCGCAGAUUAUACCGUGUGAUCGGCCCACCGUCCGCACGGUGUGCUGAUCCCAAAACGUUGUCAUUUCACAAUUAAAAAAGAUAGCAAAGCACCGUUGUCUACUUGUUUGCACAUUUCUGGCUGGAUGAUCGGCCAUUCGGCCCACUCAUGUUUCUUAGCUUUUUUCUUUUUUCUUUUUUUAUUUUUAAUUUUUUCAUCAUCAAAACUUUAAAAGUUAUCAUGAUUGCAACAAUAUUUUUAUUCAAUUCAAGAACACCAGGAACUAUUACAAUUAUUUGUUCAAAUUUUCAUCCUUUCAAAUAAAUUAAUUACUUUUUCUUUCUCUCUUACUUCUUAUUGCUAAACUUUUCCUUUUUUUAUUCAAUUAAAAUUACAACCAAUAAUUAAUUAUUUUCUAUAUUUAUACACUUAUUUGUAAUAUAUUUUUUCAUAUUCACACUUUUUCCUAUAAUAUAUUUAUUAUCUCUCAUAUAUGUUUCUAGUGUUUUUAGACAUUAAAUUUUGUUAUUUUGAUUUACAUUUGCUAUAUUAAAAUUUGUUUUUUUAGAAAUUUUACCAUUCAACCAUAUCCACGGGUUUUCUUUUCUUAUUUAUUUAUAUGAUUUAUAUAUAUAAUAAAAUUGAAUAUUUCUUUUCAUUGUUUACAUUGAAAUCAAUGUUUUAUAUCUUCUUCUCUGAAUUAGAAAAAUUACAUCUCAAUUUGUCUGUAGUUACACUGCAUAUUAACGUGAUUUACAUUUCAUUACACAUAAGUUACAUAAGUUACAUCAUUUUGCUACUGGGGAUAAAAAAUAAAGUUAGUGUUCACGCGAGAAUUAGCAUGGGAGCACCAUGCUCACUGUGGGUUGCUCCCACAGUAUACCAACCGUGUUCUAUGAGUUGCCUAAAACAAUCCUUUC